CUAUCGUCUCAGCCUUGCGAUAUGUUUGGCUAUCUGACGGACCCCGCAGGUGCUCUGCAGCUUACCCAGCUCAGGCAUCCUGCAUGGCGAAAGACAAGGCACCUCGUCAUCCGUCACUUACGAGAGAUCCCAGUUCCAUGCGUUCCAACGAUCAUUCCUAGUUCGUUACGAUGCAGGAGUCUGAGCAUUUGCUCUCCCAGGCAGGACCAACGUCAGGUGGCACAGACAGCGACAUCAUCAGCGUUCUCGAACAGGCUGUCCAGCCUACAGACUCGACGCAGACCAGCACCAGCGUUCAGAGGCCGCGGGAUCUGAGUAAUGCGUCUGCGAACUUGAUACACAAAGACAACGAAACCGAGUGCAGCACAACGCCGUUGCUACAUACGUCUUCUUUGUCAAUAUCGCCGCGCACUUCAUACACUCGCAUCGGGAUUUGGUGGUGGGAGUCGACCUGUUGCUCCAUAGUACUGCUCGCCUUCGUCGCUUUAGUCAGCACACUCAAGGCUUACGAUGGCCAUGCUAUCCCGGACUUCCCAAGUGGCAUGACAUUCAACACUGUCAUCUCAAUUUACGCCGUCAUCAUUAAAUCUGCCGGUGGUCUGGUGGCAGCGGAAGCAUUGAGCCACUUGAAGUGGACAUGGGCCGUUAAAGACUUUAAGUCAUUGUCUGAUAUAGUCGUACACGAUGAUGCCUCAAGAGGACCUUUGGGAGCUCUUCAAUUGCUCUUCCACUUUCGAUGGAAGAAUCCACGUUCUUCACUCGGAGCUGCUGUCAUACUCAUGCUACUGGCUUUGGAUCCCUUCACGCAACAGAUUGUCCGGCAGAUCUCUUGUGUGAAGAAUGUAGAUGGACUUGAGGCAUCCAUAUCUCGAACUCGAUUCAUUGAUGCAGGCAGAAGCCAGUCCCGCAAUCGAUCCACCAGUAUUGAUCAUGGCUACAAAGGUUCCAUCUACAAAGUUUUGUUAGGAGGUUCCCUCGAGCAGGAUCUCUUCAGCUGUUCAACUGGAAAUUGCACCUUCGAAGAAUUCUCAACGCUGGCAUGGACAAGUUCUUGUUCAGAUAUCUCCGACAAACUUAUUGAAUCAGAAAUCCCUCUGAUUGGGAGUUUCAACCAGUCUCUUUACUACCCAAAACUACCCACGUCCAAUAACGUGACACUUCCAAUCUGCGAGAAGUGGGGCGGAUCUAACGUAACAUUACAGCGCUCUCUGACACACACAGGAGUCUUUGCCGCAGAAGCGUGCCAUUUGGGUUUAAGUUGGAUCAGUUGGACCGAUCAACCCAGAGGGUAUCACUGCUCUUUGCAUCCAUGUAUCAGAAACAUCAGGGCGAGAGUAGAUGCAGGGAAACUCCAUGAAACAAUUGAAUCUCAAUUCAAUUUGGUGGACACUUCUAGACACUGGUCUCAAAAAGGCACGUUCAGUUAUGUGGACCUCCAGACCCUACCACUACUUGGACAGCAGCGAGUCGGGCUGAAGACUCUCGGUUACAAAUUCGACGAUACCACUCAUUUCGUCCCGUACAAUCUCAGCUUCAUGGCCGGGAGACAACCACCUUUCAACUACACUGAUUUUCGACUUGAAGAAAACCCGUGUCCAGAUCACCUGGUUUCACUUACUACGGCUCAGCAACUCAACGACACAGAGGAGUUCUGCUAUGAGCGUCGCCCGCAUAACACUUCGUUCCCUUCGAAUUACUGGCUCACCCUGAAAGCAUACAACCUACUUACUUCCGCUAAUCUGUACCAAGCAUAUACUUGGCCUUUGAUGGAGAUGUUCAACGGAUAUACCAAAAACGAGUCAAAAGUCGAUGAUGAUAUUCCGUACGCCACAUUUCGUAGCGCUGCAACCUCGCUCGUAAACGCGCAGGCUUUUAUGGAUAACAUCGCAGACGCCAUGAACACCUACUCUCGCAUCCAUGGCGACACGAAUCUUAGCGCCCCGGCACCUGGCAAAGUACUCAAAGAAACAACAUGCCUUCGUGUAGCAUGGCCAUGGCUUAUUUACUCCACUGUGAUCGUGCUUCUCCUCGCCGGCUUUCUCGCAUUAACAAUAUGGCAUAGCCACGAAACACAAAGAGUCUUGCAGAAAUCUUGUGGUCGGGAGGGUAACAGCGCCUUUGACUUCAAGUCUUCAGCGCUCGAACUAAUGUUUCAUGGUUUGGAUAAAGAUACUCUCGAGCAGCACUCGUGCGGUGUAGAUGGUAACAAGACAAGAGUGCUAUCGAAGAAGGCUGACACCAUGGUGGUCAGGCUUGUGCCGACUACAGAUGGACUCAAAUUGUCGUCGAAGAUGAAUUAG